AUGGAGAUGGAGAUCGCAGUCCAGCAGCGCCACGAGCUGGAGAGAGAACUCCAUGUCGAAAUCGUGCCCGGUACCGAAGUCAUGACCGACCUCGCUUCCCAUCACUUCGUCAAGGCUCGUUCGCACGUCUUGGUGCCUCAACCUUCGGACAAUCCACAUGAUCCUCUCAAUUGGAGUUCGCUCUGGAAGACGCUCUGUAUCAUGGCAUCGACAACCGUCACCUUCACCCAGGGCUUGGGUCCUCUGGCUCUUGCGCCCAUGUUCCCCUACUACAUCAAGGACUUCGAUUCUGACCUCGCAUCUGUAAGCUUCCCACCUGUGUGACGUAUAACGCAUUCCUGAUGAUUCCGUCAGGUUGUCAAGUUCACCGGUGUCUGCAUUCUGGUGCUCGGUUUCAGCAACUUCGUCUGGUACGCUCAUCAAAGCCGACCAGAGCGCCUGGAAUGCUGAUGCUCUCAGGGUCCCUUUGAGUACUUCCUUUGGUCGACGUCCGGUCUACAUCUUCUCCCAGAUCAUCUGUCUGGCGUCAUCAAUAUGGCGAGCAAGAGCACAGACUUAUGGAAGCUUCAUGGGAGCUUGCGUGUUGAACGGCAUUGGUGCUGGUCCAGCUGAGAGCAUACAGCCCGCGGUCAUCGCCGACAUCUUCUUCCUGCACGAUCGCGGAUUCUGGAACACGCUCUAUUGGGUCGCAUACAUGGGCAGUCUGAUGGUUGGAGGAGUAAGUGAGCCCAGGUCAAUCGACGACAGCAUAUCCCGACUGAUGUGCCGUAGAUCAUCAGCGGCACCAUGAGCCUGCACCUCGGAUGGCGCAACUUUUGGUGGUUCAACACCGGUCUGAUCGCUCUGUCGCUGAUCAUGGUCGUCUUCAUGUUUCCGGAGACGAAAUGGCACAGAGCGCACCCAGAUGAAAUCACCGACGCCGCAGAGACCGCUUCCCAAGAGAAGGUCCUCGAACAGAGGAUCAGCAACGACAACAUGACCAAGGAUCCCAAUGGCACCGUCACGCACGUCGUGGGCAAUGAAAACGGCCACCACGCCGAGCCAAGCGAUCCAUGGCUAGGCAAAGGCUCUCCCCGCCGCGCGCAAUGGGGAAUCUACACGCCCUCUGCCACCCCACUCAAGAGCCUCAUGCUCGAUCUCUGGAUCCCGUGGAAGCUGUUCAUGUUCCCCAUCGUGGAGUUCUCCUCCUUCGUCGUCUCGUGGUCCUGUAGUUCCUUCCUCACCAUCAAUCUCACGGAAUCACAAAACUUUGCGGCUCCACCGUACAAUUACUCGCCCCAAGUCAUUGGGUUCAUGAACUUCGCGAUCCUCAUCGGUGCUUUCAUCGGACUCGCCACCGCGGGGCCUCUGAGCGAUUGGGUCUCCGCGAGGGCGACGAGGAAGAACCGCGGGAUCCGGGAGCCCGAAAUGAGAUUGCCGGCAAUGAGUACGUCCUUCUCAUAACCACUCGCGCAUCUCCUUUGAUGGGGCAUCAACUGACCAAGCGUAUCUCGCAGUUCCCUACGUCCUCGUCAUGAUCCUGGGCAACGUCGUCGUAGCACUCGGCUACGAACGCAAAUGGUCCUGGGAAGCCAUCGUCAUCAUCGGCUAUACCUGCGCGGGCAUCCAGGUCGCCGCUCUGCCCGCCAUGGUGACGACCUAUGCCGUGGACUCGUACAAGCCAGUAGCUGGAUCUCUCAUGGUCUCCAUCACGGUGAAUAAAAAUCUUUGGUAGGCCCCUCUUUUCCCCCCCAACCCCCCUCCAACCGUGUUUGAAAAGCUGUCAGUGAGGCUAAUGGUCGUGCGAUAGGGGAUACGGAUUUUCCGAAUUCAUCACUCCGUGGGUGGAGAAAUCGGGUUUCAUUCCACCCAUCAUGACCAACAUGUCUCUCUUUACGCUCUGGUGUCUCUGUGGCAUUCCAUUCUACUACUUCGGGAAGUCUUUCAGGCGGUGGUCGAGGAACGAUUCCGUUCAUCGGUUGUAA